AUUUGUUUAAUGUAUAUUUAAUAUCGACGAAUAACCAAAAGCCCUUUUGCGUUAAGCCCAUAAUUGGUUAUUUCCCUUCAUUGAAGAAGAGUCUCCUAAUUGGGAUUAUUUAUGAAGCGUUUUAGUGCGGAGCCCAUAAGCUCUCCGAAAUUAGCAACUUAUUUAAAUAACAUAAAAUCCCUAUCAGCUCGAGGACAGCCUUCAGUUUUACCCCCCAAAACGUAUUUUCACGUCCGGGGAUAUCGCCGUAAAAAAAGCGAAGGGCAAAGGCGAACAAUAUACGAUAUUUUUGCAAAGGAGAACAAUACCGAUGCAGGAACCGAAAAAACCGAAGGGAAAGCAAUAAUCAUUAGGCCAACAAAGGCCUCUCGCCCUCCCUCGAGGGAUUGAGGUUGGCCAGGCUGUCCUAUCGGGUUGAGUGCGUUGUCAAGCGCUGACCAGGCUAAAAAAGAAGGAAAAAGGAGAAGCAGGGGCAGGGGCAAAAUGCCAAAAUAAACACUUGUCGCUGGUGAAAUUCGGAACGGUGGUGGCUUAGGUGGCUUACGUUUUCCCAACCACAAAAGUGAAAAUUUUCCAGCUCAGCACGCGUUUAGGCGCUGCUGUGUGCCUUUGGUCCCGGAGACCAUUAGCCUGGUGAGUGGGAAAUACACUUGGAUAUGAGAAACGGCAAAGGAAGGACCCACAGACUGAUGGCAGACAGGAUACAAUCUUUUCACGGUCUUCGCCACGGACUGACUUGCCUCAACGCAGGGAUACGUAAUAAAAAUGUAGACAAUUUUUACGACACUGUCCGAACAACACAAGUGGACAUUCCGCUUUUAUUUCUUCAUUAAAAAGCAGUAUUGAUUGCCGACCAGGAGGUCGUGGAGGCGGAGCAUCCGAGGAGUGCCCCCAAGGACCUUUUUACAGCCAUACUUUUAUUAUAGUUUGCCACACAAAAGGUCUUUGUCAUUGGCGUUAUUGGGCUUUCACGGGCUCCACCACUCUGUAUUUGAUUUAUUUUCAUUUUGAAAACCAUAUCUGUCGUUGCUUUUUCAUCUUUUGUAGGCCAAUGCAAACGGUAUUUUCAGUUCAACUGUCGUUUUGUCUCCUGACUCAAGUGGACAUUUAAAGCAACACAAUUUAGAUUGAAGUGGACAACGGUUUCUGCAUAAACCAUGUCUUUGAUGUCACGUAAUUGAUUACCCAUGUCCUGCCAAAUGACCGAUAAUGUGGGAUCAAUUUUUCAACGCCGACAAACAACUCCCCUUGGACCCUUUAUUGCUCCCCUAGUGAUGAAUGGCCAAACUAUAAAUACUGGCCUAAUUGGCCUAAACCAAAGGCAUAUAAAAGAGGCCGUAAAACAAAUGCAGCUUGCAGUUAUCGAGAUGGGUGUAACAAACUUGCAGCUAUGCAGUUUGCUAACAAAGUUUACGGCUCUCAAUGGACUAAACACCUACUAUUUCGAUCCUAAGACGAAUGGAUUCAGGAGCUCCUGGAAGCUUCAGAUAUACUGCGUUAUACAUCAUGGUCUCUGUGUGCUGGCUCUGGCACACAUGUCCUAUAGCACCGCUAGUAAUGUGAGAGUGGGUGUGACUGUUCUUACGAUUGGAGGAACCACGGCCUGCUGUGUGAAGUCCUGCUGGGAUAAGGCGCAGGGCAUUCGGAAAUUGGCCCGAGGACUUGUCAAAAUGGAGCAAAAGUAUUUCAGUGGGAGAGACAGCCGGCCGCUUUUGAAGUACCGAUACUACAUGAAAAUUACUUUUGUUUUGAUAACCCUGCUGCGUAUUCAUCUGUUUCAUCCGAUCUACAUGAGGAGACUGCUACUUUCACAGUUCUACGUAAAUGUGGGAGCGUAUUGGCUACUCUACAAUAUGCUUUUGGCAGCUGUGCUCGGCUUCUACUUUUUGCUGUGGGAAAUGUGUCGCAUUCAAAAGCUCAUAAAUGAUCUAAUGGCGCACAUUCUAGCCAGGUCGAGACGGAGAAAUCGCCUUACAAAGAUGCUGCACUGCCUUAGACUCUACUCCAAGCUUCUACUGCUGUGUGACCAGUUCAACAACCAGCUUGGACACGUGUCCGUGUGGGUUUUGGCCUGCAAAAGUUGGUUCCAGAUCACCUAUGGCUACGAAAUAUACCAGAUGGUGGCUGCUCCAAAGUCAAUUGAUUUAAGUAUGGCCAUGAGACUGUUUGUAAUUUUCAGCUACAUUCUGGAUGCCAUUAAUCUAUUUGUUGGAACAGACAUUUCCGAAUUGUUCAGUACUUUCAGGGCGGACUCUGCACGCAUUUUAAGGGAGGCAAAUUGCUUGGAUCGACUGGUAAGUUGCUAUUCUUUUAAACGAAUAACACAAAUAAUAUGGUAACAUCUACUGAAAUCGACCCGAAGUCCUGUAUUAAUUUUUAAGCGGCACGGAAAUUAAAAUCUUUUACUGAUAAAGCUGCUUCCAACUAAGCUCAUUUCUGAUUAGAGCUCUCUAAACUUCCCCUUUGAACUCCGAUUGCAGCUCUCCAUCUUCACCUUGAAGUUGGCUCUCCAUCCCAAGGGGGUCGUCUUUCUCAACGUGUUUACUUUUGACCGAAAGCUGACUCUGACGCUUUUGGCCAAGUCGACGCUGUACACAAUAUGCUGGCUGCAAAACGACUACAACAAACUCAAGGCGUAGACUCCAUUCAAGGUAUAUCCUGCGCUCCCAAGAGUUUAUUAUCCGACGCACAAGAGUUCGUCUGGACUGCGAGUACAAAGCAAAAACCAAGGCACAUGCACAACUUAAAGCAAUACGAGUACAAACAUUUACAUACACAUAUGUAUGUUCACAGCAAAUAUAUAAUGGAAAAAUCAACGACAAUGCAUCCAAAUCCAAAGCCACGAGCCUGCGGAACUGUGCACGAAGACUAUUGGUUUGAUGAUGAUGAUGAUGAUGAUGAUGAUGAUGGGGUGAAUUGGUCAUGUUGCACAAUGGCUUAGAAAAUAAGUAAGGAUGGAUUAAGCUGUUCGAAUUAUAAAUACCCAUCGCUGGGCUGAAAUUUAAUUGAUUUUUCUGUUGCCGUACACACAGUUAUAAAUAUUUGGUAAAUAUUAGAAUGCAACUUAAUUUAGCAUGAUCAUGUGCCUUUUUUAAUUUUAAAAGAAGGUGUACGUUGCGUAAAAGAGUAUAUUAACUUGGUAAGCACACAUACGAAUGUAAAAUGUUGCUGUGCAAAUAUUUCCUUUAAUUAAAGUAUGAAUGUUGUAUUAGACUGCUUCCUAUUAUUUUAUUUACAAAGUCUCUGUUUCGAGCUGUCGUUGUUUUUGCCUUUUUAGUUCCACCGGAAGUUAGUGACCCAUUCCAGGGUAUUUUUCCCGACAUCCUGUGACAACAAAGGACUCUGCUCCUUACUUUGUGACCGUAUAUUGCUUUCAUGUCAUUGUGCAUGUGUUGCCAAAGUGUGAGCGUUUUAAUUUGAUUUGUCAUGAAUGAAAACCAACGGAAGGUGUGGUGUGAAAAUUGUCGAGCAAAUAAAAGUGAGAAUUGAAAACCGAAUAGAUGCUGAGGAGCGGGAAAAUCAAAGGAUAAACAAAACUUACA